UCAACAAUCCCACUAUUAUAUGUGAAAGGCCUCAGUUCCAACGGUUCUAUGAAGAGCUGGGCUCCAUGAUUCAAACCCUUUUCAUCGACCAACAUCAAGACCUACAUGACCUUGAAAAACUUAAAGAUCUAAAGAGAAGAUUCAUGGACACAUCAGAAAUGGCACACUAUAUGGUCGAUCUCUUUCUAUCCGCUGUUCAUGUUAGGAAAAAUGGAAAUCUCCCUACAUCUGAGGACUUUAAUCCCUCCCUAAAUCCGGACAAUGUUAGGAUAUCAUUAAAGUUCAUCAAGGUAGAAUUCAAGAGUAUGAGAAUCGAUGGCAUGAAGUUGGAUUCAUCUCCAAGACCUCAGAGCACGCUAAAUCAAUCUGCUGCUGCUCAGAGUUCCUUCUCCAGAGGUUCGAAGAAAUUAUUGGAUGAAAUUUUUGUGGGGAUUGAUCGUGAUGUUGAGCACAUAAGAGACAAACUUGUGGAAGAUCAAAAGAAGCUAGAUGUUGUCUCUAUUGUUGGUAUGGGUGGACUUGGCAAGACUACUCUAGCCACCAAAGUAUUCAAUGAUGCUUAUGUUAAGCAUCAUUUCCAUGUCCGUGUUUGGGUCACUGUUUCUCAGACAUAUGAUAAGCGGGGUGUGUUGACUCAAAUUCUCGAAUCUAUCCGUGGUCAACUACACCUUGAAAAGGCUAAUGACUCUCGACUUCGUGAACUGGUGCACAAAAACCUUAUGGGUAAGAGAUAUUUGAUUGUUAUUGAUGAUAUCUGGCAUAUACAAACUUGGGAUAACCUGAAAGUAUUUUUCCCCCAUGAUAACACCGGAAGUCGAAUUCUGCUCACCAGUCGCCAAACUGAAGUUGCUAUGCAUGCAAAUUCAGAUGGAUUGAUUCAUCACUUAGGAUAUUUGAACAAAGAAAAAGGCUGGGAGUUGUUGUGUCAGAAGGUCUUCCAAGGCCGUGACUGCCCUGAAUGGUCAAUUAAAGUUGGAAUGCAAAUAGUAGAAAAUUGUCAAGGAUUACCACUUGCGUUGGUUGUCAUUGCAGGAGUUCUAGCAAAACAUGCUUGGGGUAAAAAGUUUUGGAAGGAAAUUGCUGAGAGGACUAGUUCAUACAUUGUUGGUGGCCAGAAUGGAUGCCUUGAAACAUUAGGUUUAAGUUAUAGUCAUCUUCCUGAGCACUUGAGAGAGUGCUUUCUUUAUCUUGGUGGCUUCACAGAAGACUACAUGUUUCAAGUAGAAAGGUUGAUCUGGUUAUGGGUGGCUGAGGGAUUCAUUCAAAAAGAUGGAAACAUAAGCUUGGAGGACAUCGCAGAGGGUUACUUGAUGGAUCUAAUUGACAGAAAUCUUGUAAUUGUAGCGGACAGGAGUAAGUCAAAUGGAGGUGUCAAAGCUUGUAAAGUGCAUGAUCUUAUCAGGGAGCUAUGCUUGGAAAAAGCCAAGGAAGAAGGAUUCAUCCUUGAAACAGAAAAGCUAAUACUGUCCCCACAAUUUUCUAAUGGUAUAACACCAACAUAUAAGCUAGUUCGUGUGUUCAUUAAUGAAGAAAGCAUCAAUCCAUAUUUUCCUUAUCCGACCACUCAAAACCUUCGAACUAUUUUGUGCUUUCUGAAUAUUAAAUACUCGGGUAAUGCCAUUGUAAACGGUUCCUUUGUGCUACUUAGGGUGUUAGAUCUACAAAAUCGUAGAAGGAUUCAGUUUUCUGAAGACAUGAAAUUGUUAGUUCACUUGAGGCAUCUUGCAAUUCGGAUAAAAUCAGAAGGUUUUCCAUCUUCGAUAUGCAACUUAUGGAACCUUCAAACCCUCAUUUAUAUUACAGCUUAUAGAAGGUCUGUGGUUUUACCCGGUAACAUAUCAGAUUUGGUAAAUCUGAGACAUUUAUUGGGUCAUAAGAAUAAUGUCUUUGUUUUUCCUCUCACUGAAAAACCAAUGAAUUUGCAAACUAUUUCAUCUUUGGAGUUGGGAAAUGGGGUAGGUGAUUGUCUAAAGUGUUUUCCCUACAUUAAGAAACUUAGAUGUCAUACUUACCUAGAAACGGAAUAUGACUUCAAAUCUCUCAACUACCUUGUAAAGCUCAAAUUAAUUGGCAACUUUGAAACAAGUGUGGAUCGCAUUACAUUCCCAACAUCAUUGAAAACGCUUACACUAGAAAGGUGUGGUCUACCGUGGAGUGAAAUGUCAAUCAUUCAGUCAUUACCUAAUCUCCAGGUUCUCAAACUACACAGCUGGGCCUUUAAUGGAAGCUGCUGGAAUACAGAUGGGCAGGAGUUCCCACAACUAAUAAAGGUCUUGGAAUACAAUGCUAUUGAAGGAAGCUGCUGGGACACAGACGGGCAAAAGUUUCAACAGCUAAAAUUCUUAAGACUUGAAGGCUUAGAUUUAAAAACGUGGAAAGCCUAUAGUGCAAGCUUCCCGUGUCUCAAACAAUUAGAAAUUAUAGGCUGCCACAUUCUUGAAGAGAUCCCCUUUGAAAUUGGGGACAUACCAACGCUUGAGCUUAUUCAAAUAAGGGGUUGUAGGAAGUGUGUUGAUGAAUCUGCUAGAAGAAUUGAAGAAGAGCAACAUGAUUUCGGAAACUACAACCUAAAGAUUCACAUUAUCUAAGAAGAUUAAUGGGAAAGGUAACCAACCGUCUCAUAGAAAAAAGUUAAUUGCUUUCUCUAGAGGUCUUGAAAACAGGACCUGUUAAACUGACCAGUUUGAAUUGAGUAAGUCAUUUGAGUAUAUCGGUGAUGGAUUGAACAAGAAUGAUGGGAGAAGAAGUCAGAACUAGAAUGACUGGAAUCAUACACAUUGGUGCUCAAUUGGGUCAUUGUUGGAUCUAGGUCGACAGCAGGAAAAUAUGUUGUAAAUGUUGGAGACUUGAUAUAUGAAUUUGUUUGUUUUCUAAAAUGUUUGUAAACAAUUAUAUUA